GGCCUUCGCAGGUGGCUGCUCCAGUUUCCCCAGCCCUCCCCGCGUCCUGGUGGGAAACUCAGCCCAGAAGGAGUCUUCCGGGGCUCCUCGCGGGUUGGGGAACCGUCGGACGCCGGCGCAGGGGGCGGGGCAAGGACCCCGGGGGGGUCACCCCGCCCCUUCGCGCUCAGCCCUGCCGAGGUGAAACCUGAGCCCAGGUCGGGGGCGGGACCGGCCCGCGCCUCUCUCCCGGUCCCCGCACCCUGGCCGAAGGUGGCGAGCGCAGGGCCCGGCCCGGGAGCCGCUGGAGCAGGGCCUGCGAUGGAGCCUGCAGCCCCGGGUCGCGCCCCUCCCUGAGCGCCCCCGUCGGCGGCCAUGCUGCCCCGAGGGCGCCCCCGGGCGAUGGGGGCCGCCGCGCUGUUGCUGCUGCUGCUGCUGUUCGGAUUCCUCCUGUUCGGUGGGGAUCUGGGGUGUGAGCGCCGCAAGCAGGGCGGGCGAGCGGGGGCCCCGGGAUGCUUCCCCGGCCCGCUCAUGCUACGUGUCCCCCCAGACGGGAGGCUGCGGAGAGCCGCCGCCCUCGACGGAGACCCGGGGGCUGGCCCCGGGGACCACAACCGCUCCGACUGCGGCCCGCCGCCGCCGCGGCCGUCCAAGUGCGAGCUCUUGCAUGUGGCCAUCGUGUGUGCGGGGCAUAACUCCAGCCGAGACGUCAUCACCCUGGUGAAGUCCAUGCUCUUCUACAGGAAAAAUCCACUGCACCUCCACUUGGUAACUGAUGCUGUGGCCAGAAACAUCCUGGAGAUGCUCUUCCACACGUGGAUGGUGCCUGCUGUCCAUGUCAGCUUUUACAACGCGGAGGAGCUCAAGUCCCAGGUCUCCUGGAUCCCCAACAAGCACUACUCCGGCCUCUAUGGGCUAAUGAAGCUGGUGCUGCCCAGUGCCUUGCCCGCUGAGCUGGCCCACGUCAUUGUCCUGGACACAGAUGUCACCUUCGCCUCUGACAUCUCGGAGCUCUGGGCACUCUUUGCUCACUUUUCUGACACGCAGGCGAUCGGUCUCGUGGAGAACCAGAGUGACUGGUACCUGGGCAACCUCUGGAAGAACCACAGGCCCUGGCCUGCCUUGGGCCGGGGAUUUAACACAGGUGUGAUCCUACUGCGGCUGGACCGGCUCCGGCAGGCUGGCUGGGAGCAGAUGUGGAGGCUGACGGCCAGGCGGGAGCUCCUUACCCUGCCUGCCACCUCACUGGCUGACCAGGACAUCUUCAAUGCUGUGAUCAAGGAGCAUCCGGGGCUAGUGCAGCCUCUACCUUGCGUCUGGAACGUGCAGCUGUCAGAUCACACACUGGCCGAGCGCUGCUACUCUGCGGCGUCUGACCUCAAGGUGAUCCACUGGAACUCGCCAAAGAAGCUUCAGGUGAAGAACAAGCACGUGGAAUUCUUCCGCAAUUUCUAUCUGACCUUCCUGGAGUACGAUGGGAACCUGCUACGGAGAGAGCUCUUUGGGUGCCCCAGCCAGCCCCCGCCUGGUGCUGAGCAGUUACAGCAGGCCCUGGCACAACUUGAUGAGGAAGACCCCUGCUUUGAAUUCCGGCAGCAGCAGCUCACUGUGCACCGUGUGCACGUCACUUUCCUGCCCCAUGAGCCGCCACCCCCCCGGCCUCACGAUGUCACCCUUGUGGCCCAGCUGUCCAUGGACCGGACGUGGCCUACCACGUGGUGUACCGUGAGGGGCCCCUGUACCCUGUCAACCAGCUCCGCAACGUGGCCUUGGCCCAGGCCCUCACACCUUACGUCUUCCUCAGUGACAUUGACUUCCUGCCUGCCUAUUCUCUCUAUGACUACCUCAGGGAGGCCAGGGCCAGCUUCAACAGCAGCUCCACCUGUGGUUGUAUCCACCCGUCGCAUUGGGCAAGAUGGCCCAUGGUGGACGGGUCCUGUGGCUAAUGCCCUGAUGAGGGUCACUGGCCCAGUCCUGGAGGCUCCACUCUUCUCCCCUGCUCAUGGGUGCUCCUCCUCAGGGCCUCCAUUGAGCAGCUGGGGCUGGGCAGCCAGCGAAAGGCAGCGCUGGUGGUGCCGGCAUUCGAGACCCUGCACUACCGCUUCAGCUUCCCCCAUUCCAAGGUGGAGCUGCUGGCCUUGCUGGAUGUGGGCGCUCUCUACACCUUCAGGUACCACGAGUGGCCCCGGGGCCACGCACCCACAGACUAUGCCCGCUGGCGGGAAGCUCAGGCCCCGUACCGUGUGCAAUGGGCGGCCGACUAUGAACCCUACGUGGUGGUGCCGCGUGACUGUCCCCGCUAUGACCCUCGCUUUGUGGGCUUCGGCUGGAACAAGGUGGCUCACAUUGUGGAGCUGGAUGCCCAGGAAUAUGAGCUCCUGGUGCUGCCCGAGGCCUUCACCAUCCAUCUGCCCCAUGCUCCAAGCCUGGACAUCUCCCGCUUCCGCUCCAGCCCCACCUAUCGUGACUGCCUCCAGGCCCUUAAGGACGAAUUCCACCAGGACUUGUCCCGCCACCAUGGGGCUGCUGCCCUCAAAUACCUCCCAGCCCUGCAGCAGCCCCAGAGCCCUGCCCGAGGCUGAGGCUGAGGCUGGGCGGGCGCUGCCCCUUGUCUUAGCAUUGGGCAGACACCAGGGCAACCCGGCCUGCCCUCCGCCAUCCCUGCUAUUUAAAUUAUUUAAGGUCUCUGGGAAGGGCUGGGGCGGAGCAUCUGUGGGGUGGGGUCUUCCCCUUGCUGCUAUUGUUUGGCUGGCGUCUGGUCUCCCUCUGCGCCAGCCAGUUUGGGGCUGGUUCCCCCAUCUUCAAUUGUUCAUCCCUUUUUCAUAAUUAAAGUUUUAAGAAAUC